GCCGGGGGCAAAACGUCACCAUGAACAACUCCACUCACACCACUGAAGCCUCGUGCCGGCACACUGUUUCCAUAUUCUUCACAACAACCAUGGCAAUAAUAGGCAUGGCGGCUCUUAUUGGAAACACCCUUGUGAUAAUCAUAGUGUGCAAGACUCCAAGUCUUAGAACAAGGACCAACUACUACUAUGUCAACGUGGCGGUUUCAGAUUUUCUGUCAAGCCUUGCAACCUUCCCGCUUUACCUCACCCACGAGAUCAUUACGACCAGUGGGAGUCUACUCCACGGUUUUCUAGCGACGUAUGGGUGCAAAGUGGGAGUGUUUAUUAGAAUGGUAUCCUCUAUUGUAUCCAUUCUAAGCCUGGUACUGAUCGCUGUCGACAGAUUCAUUGGUGUUGUAUUUCCCUUGAAAGUGACCUUGAUUACGCGAAAAAUUAGGAUUACCUUACUGAUCUCAACGUGGUUGAUAUCCAUGGCGUAUUGCAUUCCCAUGUUUCAAUAUUUUAAAGUUGAAGAAGGGGAUCAGGAAACAUCUUGCAGAUUUGGGUGGAAUCGCUUUGCGCUUAUGAUAUUCUAUACAAAGGGCCUGGUAUUUUUCGAACUCUUACCACUGAUUGCAAUCAUCGUCCUUUAUUCCCGCAUCAUGAGUGCAUUGAGGCAGAGGAUGCAUGUAAAUCCAGAAUGCAAUUUAAGCUGUACUAAUACCCAACAGAACAGAAAUAGGCAGAACCAAAACAUCAUGAAGAUAUAUAAAUCGAUUGUUGUUAUGUUAUUCAUUUGGUUUUCUAUGUUUUUAAUUUAUUUAGUUCUUAACAUCACAUACCCUGACCUUUUCGUUAAAGACCAGUGCAAGUGGACUUUAGGUUUUUCAUAUUUUGUGGUUCCGCUUCUUAGUACAACAACUAACCCAGUAAUUCUAUUUUCAUUUAGCUCAAAUUUUCGGAAAGCCCUGAAAAAGGAUUGCUCGUUAUUGUUUGGUAAGGUCGGUUCAUGCUUCAAAACGGUAGGCGCAGUACGGCGCCGGACAAAUGAGACCUUACCACAACUAGUAUCAUUUAAGUAAACGCCUUGGUAAGGAUAAAAGGUCUACCCGUGCUCUCAAUUAAACAAGUUCCAGGGCAGUAUACUUAAACAGUGUUUAUAACUGCUAACUGCAUAAACAGUUAUUGCUAAAUAAAU